CCCAUAUGUGGCCCUUAAAUAAACGUAUAUAAACAGUUUUUAUACAGUUAAGUAGUUUUCAAUAAUGUAUAAACGACAUUUGACCAAAUUCAGUACGAGUCCCAGACAAAACUAAAAAUAAUCUCUCCAUGUCGCUUUAGCUUUUGUCACUCAGCCGCGCGCGCGCGCUAGUCUGUGAGGAAGGAGUUGGCGGUUUGCGCAUGCGCGGUCGUGCCGCUCCCUCCCGGUUUCUACUGCGCUGAACUACUUGGUCCCCCUUUUCAUAAAGACACAAAAAUAAGCAUCCAAAACUCAACAUCUUGUUGACACAUGCAGCAUGGCGGCUAUAUUUGGGAAGAUCCUCAUCGGCAUCUACGUGGAAAUCAAAAGAAGCGACGGACGAAUACACCAGGCCAUGGUCACGUCGCUUAAUGAAGACAACGAUAGCGUCACUGUGGAAUGGAUUGAAAACGGCGACACAAAAGGGAAAGAGAUUGACCUGGAGAGCAUUUUUGCACUAAAUCCCGACCUUGCGCCCGAUGAAGAGAUCGCCCAAAGUCCAGAGACCCCGCCUCCUCCUGUGUCAAGUUCUGUUAAAGUGAACAAGAUUCCCACGAAUAAGAAUCGCCGCACGGUAGCACCACCUAAGAAUGAAGCACCUGCGAGGGAUAACCGAGUCAUAGGUACGACGAGAGCGCGGCCCAGCCAGCAGAUGGAACAAGCUCCUAGUGCUCCAGCUCCUCCUCCCAUCCAGCACCAGACACUGCAGCAGCAGCAGAAUGCUCGCAGGAAGUCAAACUGUGUGAAGGAGGUGGAGAAACUGCAGGAGAAGAGGGAGAGGAGGCGCCUGCAGCAGCAGGAGCUCAGGGAGAAGAGAGCACAGGAAAUAGAUACAACAACACCUAAUUAUGAAAUUAUGUGCAUGAUCCGGGACUUCAGAGCCAGUCUGGACUACAGGCCACUGACUACUGCUGAUCUGAUUGAGGAGCACAGGAUAUGUGUGUGUGUCAGGGCACGGCCACUGAACAAAAAAGAGAUGAGCUUGAAGGACUUGGACGUCAUCACCAUCCCCAGUAAGGACGUGGUCAUGGUCCACGAACCCAAACAGAAAGUGGACUUAACGAGAUACCUGGAGAACCAGACCUUUCGCUUUGAUUAUGCCUUCGAUGAUACUGCCACGAACGAAAUGGUUUACAGGUUUACCGCCCGGCCGCUUGUGGAGACCAUAUUUGAGCGGGGGAUGGCUACGUGCUUUGCAUACGGACAAACGGGAAGCGGUAAAACUCAUACCAUGGGAGGGGAUUUUUCUGGGAAAAAUCAGGAUUGCUCUAAAGGGAUCUACGCACUGGCAGCACGGGAUGUUUUUCUAAUGAUAAAGAAGCCAAACUACAAGAAGUUAGACCUCCAAAUUUACUCCACCUUCUUUGAAAUUUACAGUGGAAAGGUGUUUGACCUGCUGAACAGGAAGGCGAAGCUGCGAGUUCUGGAGGACGGCAAGCAGCAGGUGCAGGUUGUAGGACUGCAGGAACGAGAGGUUCAUUGCACUGAGGACGUCCUGAAACUCAUAGAAAUGGGCAACAGCUGCAGGACGUCCGGACAGACCUCAGCCAACGCACACUCCUCUCGCAGCCAUGCCGUUUUCCAGAUCAUUCUGCGGAGGAGAGGCAAAAUGCACGGCAAAUUCUCCCUCAUAGACUUGGCGGGCAACGAGCGAGGGGCGGACACGUCCAGCGCCGACCGCCAGACUCGCCUCGAAGGGGCCGAGAUCAAUAAAAGUUUACUGGCUCUGAAGGAGUGCAUCAGAGCCUUGGGUCGCAACAAGCCUCACACUCCGUUCCGAGCCAGUAAGCUCACGCAGGUUCUGCGAGACUCCUUUAUUGGCGAGAACUCCCGAACGUGCAUGAUUGCCACCAUCUCACCUGGCAUGGCUUCUUGUGAAAACACCUUAAAUACGCUGAGAUACGCCAACAGAGUGAAGGAGUUUGGGAUAAGCCCCUCAGACAUCCCCUUCUCUCAGGGGGGAAGCGGCCGCUCCGAACUCUCUCCUACCUACGAGUACGAUGACUUUGCUCCCUCACCCAGCAGAGUAAAGGAGUUGACUGUUGACCCGGGUGCAGUGAUGGAAAGCAGAACAGGAGGCCAUCCGAUCAGCCAGCUGGAUGUGUUGGAGCCGCAGUGGGGAGUGGGCAGCUCUCCUCAGAGAGACGAUCUUAAACUGCUAUGUGAACAGAAUGAGGAGGAGGUCUCUCCUCAGCUUUUCACCUUCCAUGAGGCCGUGUCUCAGCUGGUGGAGAUGGAGGAGCAGGUUCUGGAGGACCACAGAGCUGUGUUUCAGGAGUCUAUACGCUGGCUGGAAGAUGAGAAGGUCCUUAUAGAGAUGACUGAGGAAGUGGAUUAUGACGUGGACUCGUACGCAACACAGCUGGAGCAAAUUUUGGAUCAAAAGAUUGAAAUCUUAACAGAGCUCAGAGAUAAAGUGAAGGCGUUCAGGUCUGCUCUUCAGGAGGAGGAGCAAGCCAGUAAGCAAAUCAACCCCAAACGGCCACGAGCCCUCUAACCCCCGGAGCUCACUGCUUACAGAUCCGGCAGCUGAAAGAGGAAAACUGCAGCUCUCCAGGUUUUCAGCCUUUCACCCUCAUCUCUGUGUACAUGAGUAACUUUUUUCACUUCUUGUACCAAUUCCUUUUCAUUUCAAACAGAGUUAAGAAGCACACGUUUAAGCCUAAUUGUAAAAUAUUCAAAUGAAUUCCAGUUCUAACUCAAAUGACUUUUAUAAAACCGUACAAUAUAAAGGCCACAAUGCGGCGUAAGAGAUUUUGAAUAAUUGCAUGCACACAGUGGCUCUGGUUCUCACUUGCGCGUUCCCUUACACCUGCACUCAUCUGUGUAUAAACUACAUUUUCACUCGAUGUGGCUGCUUUUAAAACGUGUCCUAACUCCUCGAUUUAUAGAACAGUGGCCCUAGAUGUGAAGCCCUUCACAGAUAUAUACACAGUGCAAAAGAGAGCAAACUGCAGAAUAUUCAACUUCACAUACUUUCCAUAAAGUCAGUAAGCACUGGUCUAGACUUGGCCAGUCAGGCGCGUGCGGACGAGUGAACCGUCACUGAACAACAGACAAUGCAAAUGGAAAUCUCAGCUGUGUUCCAGUAUUGGGUUUAAAACACUGCCUUGCCAUGUUAAGAGCUAGCUCAGUACCUUAAUAGCUUGCGAGGGCUGAGUGAUCGCCAACAUAUAACUUAAUAUGAAUAAAUUAUUCAGAUAGUGUUUCUAAAUGAAUACAGAUACGAAUAGGAGGUGCACCUUUUUUUUUUUAAAGGUUUACAGGGAAUGUGGUUGAGAUCAGAGCUGUGCAUCAGCACAGAAAAGUCACUUACAUGCAGGUGUGACUGAGCAAAGAAAGACCAGUGCUGUACCUCCAGCGUUCUUUCCUUCAUCUUUAAUAACAGCCUGGUCACGCUCGCAGUUAAAGCCAACUGAACUGGUUGGAAAACCCUGCAGCCAUGCACUCGCGUGAUGCAGCAGAGGUUGAGGAACUGUAAGAGUCAGAAUUCCUCCACCACACUGCUAUUUCUACAGCAGGGGCUUUUUUUCAGUAUUUUCAGGGGCAUAUUAAUACAGGGUUCAUAUUUUAAUAACUAUAACAAAAACCCAACCCUUCCAGUUUAGGACACACCCAUUUCAGCUGGAAAUCCGAGUUUCCUUUUCCACACAGUGAAAAAUUUUAAAUGGUAUUUUAAAAAGAUAUGCAGGUUCUAUGCAGCCAGCUAUCCAUGACAUGCUCUUAUUAGUAAGCGCCAUUUUAUCACUUUAUUUUCAGCUGGUCAUCACACUGAUCUGAGAUUAGGCCAGCGUGACGGUGUAUAGCUUAGAACAAAUCAUUGUUUUUUUUUCUUCCUGUACCCUCUGCCUCGUUUCUUCUGAGUGCACAUCGAUGAAAAAGUAUUGGAAUGAAGAGACUAUAGACAUGGCCUACUCACCGCGGUCAUGUUCACCCUGCUGUAACACACCUGUGACUAAAUACCUUCACGACAUCAUCACAUUGUCGCUUAGGCAAUACAGAGGAUUAGGGACGUGUUUAGUCUUGGUGGUUGACACGUGAAGAGAGGGAAAGGGAGUAAAGCAUUCUUAAAUGUGUAAAUGGAGGAGUGUGACGUGGGCAUUUCGAUUGCAGUUGUUACUGUACUUGCAGUGUAAUGUUUUUGUUUUUUUUUGUUGCCAUUAAAUUUAUACGCACGGAGUCUGUGUGUUUGCUGCCGUCCUUUACAGUCAGUACCGUCCUGCUGACUUCAGCUUGUUUCACUCACACACACUACCUCUGCGUGGCGUGACGCUGCACUCAAGCAGCGCUGCAUCUAGAGAAUAGUUGAACACAAUGGAGUGAAAAACUAUUUUUUGAAAUCUCCACCUUCCUUUGGUCAUGGCCAUUUCCCAUCCACCACUCAGCUCUCCCUUGUAGCAUUUAGAAAAAAUCGAAGCUUAACAAGCACUACUUAGGCUGAUGCGGCUACAUGAUCCCAAGCCAGAGUCCCUAUACUGCACUAUACAUACACUUACAUCAUGCUUUUAUCUGUACAUCCAGGAUUUCGCCGUUUUGAACGCAAAAUCAAGCAAACUCCGCAAUAUUCAGAGGCGCUUGCGAUUUUUCAAAAUUAGAUCUUCCACAGAUUUGGGCCAAGGCACGUCAUGUGACCUCACCACGACACGCAUUCAGCCAAAGCCCUCUUCGAUUCACGUGCGUCGAAAAUGAGUACAGCUAAAACGGUCUCAUUUACCAACAAUCAUCACUGUGAAAGACGGUGCACAACAAUUUCACCAAUUUAAGUAGCUUUCUUCCCCCCCCCCCCCCAAAAAAAAAAAAAAAAACUCAGCACGAAAUCCUGUAUGGACGGUUAUACGUUCAGUUAGCGGUAAUCAAAUGUAACGAUUGUCCAGUAACACAUCCAAAAAUAUGACUACUCGCUGAUUUGGAAACAGGGUGUCCACACGUGCAAGCUGCAUCACGUCACGUCACUCAGAGAGGUCUUUAUUAUUCUCUUCUGUUAAUCAUCAAAAUAUGUAUUUCAUGUGAAAGCUGUUUUUUUAAAAAGAAUAAUGAGAAACUCUUGAUCCUGAGACUAGCCGAUGCAGUUUCAACUUUGUGUGAGCGUGUGUAUGAAUGUGCACAUCUGAUGUAUUGCUGGCAUAAAGAAUAAAGAACCCCAUAAGGACUGGAUCUGCUGCUGUAUGAUUUC